AAGAGGAACUCCUGUUUAACAGACACACACACCGACAGCAGGGCGAGCGACACACAGCCAGGACAGCAGCCGGAGAUAGAGCGACAGAAGGGAGAAAGAUGAGAGAAAUAGUUCACAUCCAGGCGGGACAGUGUGGGAACCAGAUCGGGACCAAGUUCUGGGAGGUGAUCAGCGACGAGCACGGCAUCGACCCAGCGGGGAGCUACGUGGGCGACUCGUCUCUCCAGCUGGACCGAAUCAACGUCUACUACAACGAGGCGUCCUCACAUAAAUACGUCCCCCGUUCUGUGCUAGUGGACCUGGAACCAGGAACCAUGGACAGCGUUCGCUCAGGAGCCUUCGGACAACUCUUCAGACCAGACAACUUCAUCUUCGGCCAGACAGGUGCGGGGAACAACUGGGCCAAAGGUCACUACACGGAGGGGGCAGAGCUGGUGGACGCAGUCCUGGACAUAGUGAGGAAGGAGUGUGAGCACUGCGACUGUCUCCAGGGUUUCCAGCUCACUCACUCUCUGGGGGGGGGCACCGGCUCGGGGAUGGGCACCCUGCUGAUCAGCAAGAUCCGGGAGGAGUACCCCGACCGGAUCAUGAACACCUUCAGCGUCAUGCCCUCGCCCAAGGUGUCGGACACGGUUGUGGAGCCGUACAACGCCACGCUGUCGGUCCACCAGCUGGUCGAGAACACAGACGAGACGUACUGCAUCGACAACGAGGCGCUCUACGACAUCUGCUUCCGCACUCUCAAACUCACCACGCCCACCUACGGCGACCUCAACCACCUGGUGUCGGCCACCAUGAGCGGCGUGACCACGUCGCUCCGUUUCCCCGGCCAGCUCAACGCCGAUCUCCGCAAGCUGGCCGUCAACAUGGUGCCGUUCCCGCGCCUCCACUUCUUCAUGCCGGGGUUCGCUCCGCUGACAGCGCGCGGCAGCCAGCAGUACCGAGCGCUGACCGUUCCCGAGCUCACACAGCAGAUGUUCGACGCCAGGAACAUGAUGGCCGCGUGCGACCCGCGACACGGCCGAUACCUCACCGUCGCCACUGUCUUCCGCGGACCCAUGUCCAUGAAGGAAGUGGACGAGCAGAUGCUGAACGUGCAGAACAAGAACAGCAGCUACUUCGUAGAGUGGAUACCCAAUAACGUUAAAGUGGCGGUCUGCGACAUCGCUCCGCGGGGGCUCAAGAUGGCCGCCACUUUCAUCGGCAACAGCACGGCCAUCCAGGAGCUGUUCAAGCGCAUCUCGGAGCAGUUCUCCGCCAUGUUCCGCCGAAAGGCUUUCCUGCACUGGUUCACGGGCGAGGGCAUGGACGAGAUGGAGUUCACGGAGGCGGAGAGCAACAUGAACGACCUGGUGUCCGAGUACCAGCAGUACCAGGACGCUACGGCCAAUGACGGCGAUGAGAACUUUGAGGACGACGAAGACGAGAUCGUUGAGAGCUGGAACGCAGAGCGGCAGUUUGACGAGCCAAUCAGAGAACACGACGACAACUUCAGCGCAACCAAUUAAAGGCAGAGGGGCGUCAUCAUCUUGUUUUAGACAACGUGU